AUGGCAAAAGUAGCUACAGAUUUCAUGAAACGCCAUAAAUGGACCUUCGAAACCCCAUCAUCCGAACUAGCUCAAUACACAGAGGAAAUUAGCAAAAGUUUAAAGGAUGAUCGCAAGGUAAGAUCCAAUGCCAAAAUGCGCUUUCGGGUAUUAGGGCUUACUAAGGAACAAGUAGAAGUUCUUAUUCCUAUUCGACCUACUGGAAAGCGUGAAGAAGGCAGGGAUACUGUUGAUAAAAUUGCCCAAGAAAUUGUGGAAAAGGAUUAUCCCUCUGAGAAAAUAAAACAAAUUUCAUAUGAUUUGGGGAGUUCCACACCUAAUCCAGUUGCAGGAAAAGCGACCAAAAUUCCUCAUAUUACUACUGAAUCAAAUAAAAUUCAAGCACAUCGACUUGUACUUGAUAAAUUUGAAGGUGUCGACUGGCCUGAACACUUCUUCUUAGAACCGGUUCAAGAAAGACUCGAUAAAUCAGAUGUCACCGGUCUUUGUAUUGAUAAUUAUGAAGCAUUAGACGAGACUUGGCGUCCUAAAAAGACCUGGUAUAAUCCUAAAUAUUCCUGGUAUUGUACUGGCUACUCUAAAGUCAAAGAAGAAACAGGAGUGGGAGAACCUUGGCCUUUCGUUUCAAUAGAAAAAAAUCUGCUACAAGCAAAAGAUUUGCUUACUUGGAUUCAAAAAGCAAUACCAGAAAAAUUCCCCUUCUUACGAAAAAACAAAAGCGGUAUAGUUAAUGUAAAUCCAAUUAAUCUUGCUUUAGCUCAACAUGGGAUUACUUCGAGUAAAUUGAGAAAGAUAGGUGCAGAUCAUGCUAGCAGGAUCCAUGGAAGCAUCCCAGAAGAUCCAGCUGAUCAAAAUCAUUCACCCGAUAGUAUACAUAGCGAGCAGGAAGUUAUCAGGCGUACAGAAAAUAAAGCCAAGUUAUUAGGGCUAGAUGAGCAAAAUGCAGAAGCAUAUAAAGCACUCUCUAGACAGAUUUGGGGCUCGAGAAACAAUUAG